CUCAAAUGGUUCUGCGCAAUGUCGUUCAUAGAUAACUUUAUUCGCGAAUAUGUAGAAUGAAAACAAAAGUGUCAAAUAAUUGUCAAAUAUUUAUGUAUGUACAUGAGCACUGACAGGAUUGAGAUAAUAUAAAAUGGCCGAGAAUGGUUUUGCGUCCGACAAUUACGCCGAAGAAUCCCUUGUUACAGAAGCUAUUAAUUUAGACAUCGAGGAGUUAGAUAAUACUGAAUAUGCUAUACCAAUCGUGGAAGAAUUACCCACCUUAGAAAGUAUAUUGUUGGAACCUGAUUAUGAGUCAUUGUCGGAAACGGAUGAUGAUAUCGGUAUACCAGUGGGAGAGAGACUCGGUAGUAGUGAAACCACAAGCAUUGGCAGUCAUUUGUCUUUGAAUUCGUUAAAUAAAUCUUCGAAAGCCACGCAAAAGACUUCUUCAGGUGUUAUUCUAAGGCAUGUCAUACUAAAGGGGAUAUCGUCACAAAUUGUAUCAGCCAAUGAAAGAGUCAAUGCUGGAUUUGCUAGUGCAGUCGCAGCUGGGGGGAAUAUGUUGGUGAUUGGCACUAGUCAUGGUUUAAUACUUGGCUUUGAUUCAUCACAAACUUUGCGAUGGUGUGAUCAGGAAGCGAGACAUCAAGGUUCUGUUUCUGCCCUCUGUUUCAAUCAUGAAGGCAGCAGAAUAUUGGCUGGUUUUGUCAGAGGACAUAUUCUGAUGUUAGAUAGCAGUAAUGGGAAGGUUUUAAGAGUUCUCACUGAUGUACACCCACUUGAUACUGCUGUGUUACACGUUAAGUUUACAGAUUCGCCAAAAACAGCUUUAUGCAGUGACAGUGGUGGGUCGGUGUUUGAACUGAACUUUACUAGAGUCAUGGGUAUGAGAGGUUGCGAAAGUAGAUGUCUGUUUAGUGGUUCCAAAGGCGAAGUGUGCACUCUUGAGCCUUUAUUGUUGAAUCAUCUGCCGUCGCAUCCGUUGAAAAAUUAUACAUUAGUUGCAAUGGCGACAUUAUCGAAGGUAAUUGUAGUUUGCAUAAGACCGAGAAUGCGAGUUGUGUUGAGUCAUCCGUUAUGCGGUGCUGCAGCAGCACCUCCACAACUAUCUUGGCAGUUGGUUGUUAUACAGACAGCGGAUGGGAUCACUCGCGUGAUCGAUCCUGUACUGGCGCUUGCGAGAGACAACGUGGUGCAUUUUUACCAAGUGUACACCGAGGUAGGCUCGCGUGUAAAAUUAUCUCCUCUUCGGCGGAUGACCCUACCGUAUACGAUAAGUAAUUUGAGAUGGUUAAAUCCAAGAUCUCUCAUAGUGCUGGAUACGCAAGAGAAGCUGCAUUUAUUAGACGUAAGAGCGCAGGAUAAUCUAGAAACAUUGGAUAUGAGUCGCGUCGGUAUUUCUUAUGCUUCUAGUCAUUUUAAGGGACUAUCUACUGGCGGGAAUGUUUCUAAGGCAAUGGCAUUAGCUGGCGAACGAGCGUGCUACAAUACUGUUGUAGUAUUUGGCACGCAGCUGUUAUUAUUAGGUACAAAAAGUUUGCAUGCGAUUUGUAUAAGAACAUGGACUGAAAGGAUACAACAUCUGAUCAUGCAGAAGCGUUUUCCUGAAGCGUUAGCAUUAGGUCUCUCUUUUUAUCAAGAUAAAGGCAAAGCGGUGAUCGGCCUACGGGGUUCUAAACAGCGUCGUAAGCAAAUAGCACGUGAUAAAGUCUGUCAAGUACUAAUUCAAUACAUGGAUGAGCUGAAUCAGUGUUUAAUUGACGAAAAUAUGGACUACGAUACAAUAGUGCUCACCUGCGUCGAUUAUUGCAUUCAACUGGAAAACUUAGAUUUGUUGUUUGGAAAGUUAUGGGACAUUGUGUUCGAGACGGAAAGCUUAAAAACAAGCUACUUGCACGCUCUCGAAGCUCCUUUACUAGACGGAAGCCUUCAAUCCAGAUUACCACCGUUAAUCGCCCAACAAUUAGUCUCUCUGUACGAUCAGGAGAACAAAGUAGACUCACUGGAAGCGAUCAUAGUUCUGCUUAACGUAGAUUGCUUAGACAUUCAUCAGGUGACAAUAAUCUGUCGUCAACGAGGGCUUUGGGAAGCGCUCAUCCAUCUUCAAACAACGGCGCUUGGCGAUUUUACUGCGCCGAUUCAUCAAUUGGUUCCGGUACUUCAGAAUUUGUUGUAUGACGCAACGACCGCUCUUUCCCGAGAUAGUAUAAAACUUGGGAAUGCCAUUCUGGUUUAUACCAGUUGUUGCCUUGCUGGUCGCGGGUUCCCUAAAGACGAGCUUCCUGAGGAUAUGCCGCAAAAAGCGAAAGCGGAUAUACUGAGAGCUUUGCUCUCCCAACAUUCCAGUCUAGCAAACGAUACAGAGAGACAGUAUCCGUAUUUGAGGACACUCCUGCAAUUUGACGCGAAGGGCUUUCUCGACGUGAUAGCCAUCGCUUUUCAGGAGCCAGAAUUUACUUCCGAAAUGGGUCUCCGACACAGGCAGCGGCUUAUAGAUAUUUUGUUAAGUAUCGUUAUGCCUAGCACACCGCUCAGUCCAAAAAACACCGAUUACAUCACGCUGGAGCAACAGUUUAUGGUUCUUAUAUUUGUGGCAAACGAAGUAUCCGAGAGUACCGUCAUAUUGGAGUCCAGUAUGUUGAAUAAAAUGCUUGAUGUAUUGUGCAUCGAUCUACAUGUGGAAAUGUUGAAGGACUUUAAGACUGAGAGAGAAAACGCUAUAUUGGGAUUAUUGCAUUCUAAAAAGCUGUGCAACAUCUCCGAUAACACUUUACUGAAUUUAGCAAAUAGAGCGGGUUUUAUAAGAGUCGCGGAAUUACUGUACAGCGCGAGAGAAGACUGGGUAGCAGUAUGUAAAUGUAUGAUUUUAGAAUUGUCCAGGCAUCACGAUAUAUGGUCCUGGCUCGAACAUCUGCCAGCCGCUUCGUUGGACCAAGUUGUGUCGGCUCACGCUCCGACUCUCGUGACGAUUAAUGCGAAUCAAUUCGCCACGAUCGUCGCGACGCGACUGCAAAGUAAAAUCAAUGUGAUACUGCAAAAUCUUGGCAAUAAUUUAAAUUUAGAGUAUAACUUGCUAGGAGCGUUAUAUCAGAUCGCACAAUAUAAAGAAGAGGAUGUCUCUUUGGAAUUAUCGACUGAACACUUGGAGAGAUAUUUGACAUUGAUGUGCGAGUUGAAACCGGAAUGCGUAGUGGCUCAUAUACACGGGCCGCAUGGUUGCAGAUUAGAUGAAGCAUUGAAGCUCGUUCAAAAGUGGAAAUGUAAGGACGCGGAGGCGGUAAUGCUAGAGAAGCUGGGCAAUUAUCAAGACGCAUUUAAUCUUCUACUGAAGGAAUUUGAGAAUUAUCUGGAGCUCUAUCAACAAAAUAAGGCUUCAGAGAGCGAAACUGUACACGCUGCUGCACAACUCGCGGGAAUAUGCCGAAGAUCGGCAGGAAAUUUAGACUGGAUGCCGCUCAUUGAAGCGGUAUUUCGAUCACAUUCCGAAAACAAUAAACCACAGAUGGACAAAUUAAGUGGAAAGCUGUUGAGAUUGAUUCUAGAAUCACUGAGUGGCACCUCCAUUCUGUCGAAUAUAUUGGAACAGAUUCUGAGGAAUCCUUUGGCGACGAGCGGGACAAUGGGUGACAUACGACAACUAUUAUCCGGAGUUCUCACUCAGUCGCGAUACGAGCAGACCCUAGUCGAGACCACCGCACGAUUAGUGAGCUUAGAACUGCACAAGGCUCUAGAGAAAUCUCUGAGGGACGCCGGUCGAGCAUGCGGUAACGUUUCUGUAACCUGCCCGAUAUGUAGACAACCAUUGUCGCAUUGUUCCGAUCACAUAGUGGUAUUUGGUUGUGGUCAUGGAUACCAUUCGGCUUGCCUGGGCGAACCUAAGUCGUGUUACAAAUGUUUGAACACAAAAGGUUGGGCACCUAUCGCUACCAAUGUCACACACACCGCUCAGUCUCCACUGAGAAGGAAACCUCUUCUUCCUCCAGAAUUUCUGCGUCACAAAGACCUCACGCUGAGACUGGCGCCGCUCUGUCCUACUCCUGACCUUGAGGGUAUCUUUUAAUCUAGUCUUUGAAUAUCGAAAUUGGCGAUUACAUUUGCAAAACGGUACGUAGUACUUUAAGGGAUAUCAGAAUGAAUGUAUAAUACUAAUAGAAGUUAUUACGUCGGAUUUUGGCACUAUGAUCGUUCUAUCUGCGAUAUAUUGUAUAGUACUAAGAGAUAAGAGCUCCAUUCCUUGAGAUUUUAUUUGUUCGACGUGCUGGUGUCUACGACACGUUGCCAAAUACAAGUUAUUACUAAAAUACAUAUAGAUAUUUAUUAUGUUGUUUAUGAAAUCGUUAUUCUUCCGCUGAGAGAGAACGCCAAUAGCGACUUUUGCACAAGACACAGAAUAUCUUCGUAACGUUUUUACAUCGCUGUUUAUAUCAUAAACAUAGUAAGAAUAGACCGAGUGUGUCUCUACUUGACAUUGAAGAUCAGGUAGAAAAGAACAGAAAGCAGAUACAGAAAAAGACAGAAGAUAAGUGCAGUGUAGCUUUCUCGCUCUAACUAGGGAAGAGUGAGAGAGAAAGAUACAUGGCACUUAUCUUCUGUCUCUUUCUACCUGAACUUCAGGUGGAAAGCGUCUCAUGCUCGGUCUAUUCUUACUAUGUCUAUGGUUUAUACUGACAUCAAUGAUGAACGUCCGUUCUGCGUUUAGUUUUGACGAUGAAAACCGGUUUCUUGGGUGCGUUAUCUGCUAAUACACGAUAUGGAUUCAUAGGUUCGUCAUCUAAUAAUUCACCAGUGAGAAGUUUUGCAACGAUUGUAAAAACAUGUAAUUCUGUACAUUCGGCUCUGUUCAUUAGCGAUACUUCGAUAGUAGAAGCGUACACCUCUACGGCCGCUUCUAGCUUGACAAGGAAUGGAAUCAACUUGGAUAUAGCUAAAUAAUGUUGUAACUGCAAAUCGAGAGAAGAUUUAUUAUAUAAUUUUAUUUAUAGAAGAUCAAUCUCGAUUUCUAUCUUGCGAAUCGUCCUUACAACGUGCGACUUUGAAAGCAGUAUUUAUAAAUACGUGCCUUAUGAUCGCAUCUUUUUAGAUUGCUCAAUAAAUCUUCAAUUUCAUCGAGCAAAGCGUAACACUUGACGAUAUGUUCACGACUGUAUCCGUGCUCAUGAGUAUUCAGUAACUCUUUCGCCAAAGAACUCUCUUUCUUUAUCUUUUCAAGCAGCAACGAUAACGGCACUCCCGAUAACUUGCGGCUAGCCAUUCGAAUUUUGGAACAUUUUUCACAUACCUGUAUGAUCAGUAUAUCAGUGUAAAUAUUUAUAUGUAGAAAAUAAUUAAGAAAUUUCCUCAUAUAAUAAAUUAUAUAACAGAUGUUAUCACAAAAAUAAAAUAUAUAGAUGCUUUA